AUGUGCGAGGCCUCAGAGGAAGUUUGCGUCCGCUUGGACGAUGACCUUGAAUCUCCCGAAAUGACAUCGUUUGACUUAACGAAGAUUCAAAGUUUCUUGAACAGCCAUCAGGAAAGCAAGACGUCUUCAAAGAAAAUGUUGGGUGCCAGGGCUGUAACAGUAGCUAACCAUCCGUUCACCAUCUUGGGCGUGAAUGAAGAAUUCUCUCGAUUGACAGGAUUUAAUGCAGAAUUUAUGAAGGGCAGCAGCCUGAAAGCCCUUCAUGGCCCCAACACGAAAGUGAAUGUUUACGAAUCUGUGAUGUGCGAUGCAGCACAAGGGAAAGGCUCUCGAGAGUGUCAGCUGGUCUGCUGUCUGGCUCAAUCUAACGAGGUGUUGAUGCGACUUGAAGUCACUGCCAUCCCAUGCGGAGAGAAGGACUUGAAGAUGCUCCUAUGUGAGCUGUCUCCGGCUCGAUGCGUGCACAAGGUGGAAGAUCUGGAUAGAAGCAAGGGGGUGUGGGUGCUGCUGCAGUCGAAGCCUCACCAUCACAUCGAUGCUGUGAGUGAUCAGUGGUUUGACAUGUUCGGCAUGAGGAAUGCAGAAGUGAUCGGCCGCAGCUUGAAAGUCAUACAAGGGCCGGGAACAGACCUAAAAGCUUACAAGAAGCUCAUGGAGGACUCGGAGAGGGGCAUCGAAUGUGACACGUCCUUCCUCACUUACAAUGUGCGGGGAGAGCGACUGAUCACGCACUUUCGCUGCAUGCCUAUUUGA